AUGAAACACCCAAUUUUCUUUCUAUUUUUUGUAUUGGUUACAACAGCAGUAAUCAACGCUAUUCCGCAUACAUUAAUAUUAAGGCAACAACCUACCGAAUUUAGUUCAUGUGCUAUUUUUGGUCUUGACGUACCAGAUAUCAGCGUAACCAUAUCACCUGAUUCCAUUGUUGCUGGCCAAAAUGUUACAUUCCACAUUAUCGGAACUACUAAAUUCAGUAUUCCCGCGGCUACUGUUGGAAUUUUUAUUUACAACGACACUUAUGACAAGGAAUAUCAAGCCAGCUUUUGUGAUUACUAUAUUUCAUGUCCUCUCGGCGAGAAUAAUGCGUUUGGCAUCAAUGUUACAAUUACGCCAGAAGUUGUUCCUGAAUCUUAUAACAUGGACGUCUGGAUAUACAAUGACACAGCCAACUUCUCUUGCGCUACGACCUACACCGAUCCGGAACUGAGUAAUGGACGUCUGAGUAUUCAAUGA